AUGGAAAAACUCCACUCCCUGCUAUCUUUGCUUGGUAUUGAUAGGAAGAAUAAAUUGAAUAAAUAUGUACAGUCCAUGUCCUCCCGGCUGCUAAUUGAUCUCAUCUACGUGCCUAAUCCAGCCGCUUGUGUGUGCUUUCCUUUACCAGUUUGUGAUGAUGAGCUUCGUCAAUCGGAACAGAUGCACGAUGUGGCUGGACGAAACACUCCAGGAACCGAGCCCUAUUUCACGAUUUGCCCGGGUACGUGGAACUCCCAAACAGGCGCGAAGCUCACAUGCCCUGCGGUGGGCCGAGAAUGUGACCCAUAUCGAACUUUGAACAGCACACCGGACAAAUUGAGCAACACCUAUGUAGUAGAGCUUAAUCCAAACGUAUUUGAUCAACCGUAUGCAUUGAUCAAACCUCAGCCGUGCACAAGCGGCACUCACGACAAUGUGCAUUAUCAAACCUUAUUUUCCGAACGCCUAAUUGGGAAGACUAGUCCAAGUCAUCAUAACACGUGUUCCGUCAAGCGAUCCCAUGCCACAGAAGCAUCCGGUCGAAAUGGAUCGAAACAUUUUGAUUUUGAAUUGCAACCUGUGGAAUCGAAUACACUAUUACUUUGUCGUCAUACGCCAACCGACGAGCUUAGUCCUUGUCGGACGUGUGACCGACAAAUUUUACAGACAUUCGCAUGUAAUAAACCCCUAACUGGUAGAGCUCCCCCAACAGAAACUGAAGAACUAGAGUGCUGA